CGUCUCUGCAGUCACUACGAUUCUGUACCGAUAAGUAAAAGGACUACGCAAUGAAAUUUCGGAAUGGAAAUAUGUUUUGUGCUGUGUUGGCGUUAAGUUUAUGUGCACUCGUGCAUUCACAAGGGACCACCGCUACUAAUGGGCAACAAAAUGCCGUUUCAUUUCCAUCCCAAACAAUGUUUUUAGGCCAAGAAACUGGUGCUAAUUCCGGACAAACUGAUUCCACCCCUAACAUCUUUGCAGCUUUCUCUGGUCAGCCUGCAGUUACUGUUCCGGAACAGACCAAUCAAUCCCAGUUUGGAUUUCCAGCUUUUCCUGGACAGACCACCGGUACAUCAAAUGGACAGAUGACCAACUCAAUCGUUCCUAGCUCAACGAUUGGUACUACCGUCAAUUCCGGUUUCACCGGGCAGGCCCCUGGAAUAAGCGGAUUUCCAGGACAACCUCCACAGGCUUUAAAUACCGUAUUUUCGACACAGUCUGGUAUCCAACAACUUCCAGGACAACAGAAUAGACCAACUGGCUUCCCAGGGCAACCUGGAGUUCAGACAAUGUUCCCUGGCCAGACAACAGGACAGGCGACUCCCGGACAAGUUCCAUUGUUUCUAGGACAGCAACCAGGUAUGCAGAAUGGGUUCCCAGGGCAACCAGGCGUUCAACCUGGAUUUCCAGGACAACCACGUCCAUCCGUUUUCCCAACAACCGUGUUUCCAGGACAAGCCCAGCCAUUUACACCCCAGAAUACAGCAGCAUUUCCGGGACAAAUAGGUGUUCCGGUCACGGCCGGAAGCACUGACCAACAAGGAAACCAGCAGACCGGAAAUACAAUUACUGGAACUGGUCAAGUUGGUACCACAAAUACUGGAGGUCAACAACAGUCAGGAAUAAUCACUGGUCAAGGUCAAACAUUCAUUACUGGAACGACAGGACAACAGCCUGGUCAAUUGCCAGGACAACAAAUGAUCCCUGGAAGUCAGUUUGGACCUCAACCUGGACAAGUUGGGCCUCAAACUGGACAGUUCGGACCCCAAACUGGAAUCCAGACUGGACAAUUUGGACCACAAACUGGAAUUCAGACGGGUCAGUUCGGACAACAAAACGGAAUCCAGACUGGACAAUUUGGACCACAAACUGGAAUUCAGACGGGACAGUUCGGACAACAAAACGGAAUCCAGAAUGGACAAUUCGGACCAAAUGGACAGUUUAGACCCCCAACUGGGCAGUUUGGUCCCACUGGACAGUUUGGUCCAAAUCCAUUCAAUCCGUUCGGACAGAGACCUGGCCAAUGUCACGUGACCGGUUGCCCCGGUGGUUCCCAGUGUGUUUUCGCCCCAACCGGUGCCCAUAUGUGUCCGACUUGGAUCCCAAUCCUGCCCUGUACCUGUCGACAGGGAUGCCAAGCUCAGAACCUGUUUAUCCCUCUUGGACAGUCCCGUCAAAUCGACAGAUGUGGAAAUACAUGUACCUGUAAUAGCCCGGAUGGAACGCCUGCCUGUACGAUGAUGGCGUGUCCUUCUCCACAACAACAGCAGCAACAGCAGCAGCAGCAACAGCAACAACAACAACAACAGCAGCAGCAGCAACCACAACAACAAGGAAAGUAGAUCAACUGGCCAUCUUACAACUCCAGAUAACCUCGAGUGACAUUCACCUUUGACCUAAAGCCACAGAGAACCAAAAUUAAAUGGUAAUGUGUGCUUAUUUUAGACAGGAAAUAAAAAAGACAACUUCCGGGUCAAAGGCUGACAAUAGAAUAACAAAGCUUAAGGACGGAGUGCCCCAAUAACAAUACCCGGAUGUAUUGUUUGUUCUCUUAAUAAUGUUUUUUUAAUUGUGAAGGUACCAAAGUCCCAAGGAACAGUCCAAUUUCGUAAACUGCAAAGCUUUGAAAACUCGCGACCAGAAGUCAAAUACAAUUGGAGCCUCUCGUGUGAGUUCCGAGUGAGUCAAGUAUCUGUAUGUACCCAGUGUUCUAUACUGGGCCAGCUCCGGAUUGAUAUUCAAUCACCUAUUCUCGCAUGCUGGUUUCAAUCAUAAAUAAGAAUAUUCUUCUAUGCUUUGGACCAGUGUGUGUGCUUUUGUAUUAACAUGCGAAAACGUGAGAUGACAGAAAAUAAGAUGAGAAAAGAGUGUGAAAUAAGAAUAGGAAUGCUCGUGUAACAGUACGUAGAGAGUGAAAGGUGUCCGAAUGUGUACAUGUAUGAUUUUUUUAUAUGAAAUACAAUUCCAUAUACAUAUGCUAUGUUCCAUAGAGUGGCACAAAUAUGUAUUUUGAAACUGAAUAAAUUGUUACGUUAUUCAUA